GCAGUGGGGAAGUAGUCGUGAAUUGGGUGGCGGAAAAGGUCAGACUUCCACGUCGCCGUCGUCUUGCCGAUACCAAACAGACAUACAAUUCCAAAAACUCCUAUUUCCUCAUCUUCUUCUUACUUCUUAGCUCUUACAUUGGCCGUCCGGUUUCACCAUUAUAAAAAAUUGCAAGAAAUAAGAUAGCGUAAUGAUAAAAUAUUAUCGAAUCAAAAGCUAAUUUACUACUCUACUACUAUAAUAAUUAACAACAUGAUAGCGGCGAGAUUAUUAAUUCCAAAACUAUCGUCCUCUUCCUCCUCCUCCUCCUCCUGCUUCAUCGUCAAGAACAACCCCACCAGAACAAAAUAUUAUGGUUUCUUUUCUAACCAUCAAAUGCUUGCCUUCUUAAGUUACCCAAUCACAAGUAGUAGCGCUCGGACUCGGACUAGGAUUACUGAUCUAUCUUCCUGUACAUCACCAGGGAAAUUCAGCCAAGGUACCACCAGGUUAGGUAGCUACUGCUUGAAGAACAACACCACCAGAAUCAGAUCGUUAUCAUCAAUGAAUACCACGUCAGCUUUGGAGGUUUCCUCGUCAUUGCCGCCGGACAAGCUGGACAGGAUUUUAGCUGGGAAAGACGAUGACCAUGACGGUGUCAUUGUCCAACUCACCGAUCAGCCCUUGGACCCCUCUCUCUUUACUUCUUUGCUCCAUGCAUCCCUUUCCCACUGGAAAUUGCAGGGUAAGAAGGGUGUUUGGAUCAAAUUGCCUAUUGAGCUUGCUAAUCUUGUUGAACCUGCAGUCAAGGCAGGAUUUUAUUUCCACCAUGCAGAACCAAAGUAUUUGAUGCUUGUCCAUUGGCUUCCUAGUACUACAAAUACUAUCCCAGCAAAUGCCUCGCACCGGGUUGGCAUCGGUGCAUUUGUCAUGAAUGAGAAGAAUGAGGUGUUGGUUGUCCAAGAGAAGAGUGGAAGGUUUCGUGGAACAGGCAUCUGGAAAUUCCCUACAGGAGUUGUAGAUGAGGGGGAAGAUAUAAGUGCUGCGGCAGUUAGAGAAGUUAAAGAAGAGACAGGUGUCGAUGCAAAGUUUGUGGAAAUACUGGCGUUUAGACAGAGCCACGAGUCAUUCUUUGACAAGUCAGACUUGUUCUUUGUGUGCAUGCUGCGGCCUCUUUCCUUUGAGAUUCAACUGCAGGAAACAGAGAUAGAGGCAGCCCAGGCAAUUGUUAAUUUGCACGUGUCUGAGUGAAAGACCUCGAACUUCUCAUAUUCUCCCGAGUUAUCUCAGCACCGAUAAAGUGAUAAUUAAUUGUUGUGCUGGAUUGCUUUGGUCAACAGUGGAUGCCGUUUCAAGAAUACGCAGCUCAGCCAUUUGUGCAGAAGCACCAGCUUUUCAAGGACAUUUCAGAUGUAUGUUUAGCAAAGAAGGGUGGGCAAUAUGCUGGAUUUACCCCGGUGCCUGCGGAGACAUCUCUCUCUGCGAAGAAGACGCAUCUGUACUUAAACAAGCAGGGCCUUAAUUAUGAAUGAGUUAUGAUGAUUCCAAGUACAUGGUUCAAAAUUUUCAUUUUUAGGCUUCGUACGAUGCCACGAUGGCUUUCAUUGAUUCUAUUUCUUUCUUAGUCCGCCUUUCCAUGGGGAAGGUCGGGUCCUGUUUUAGAACAAUUUGUUGCAUUGGAGGGCGGAAAAAUGGCUUCCUUACCUAAGAAUAAGAUAUUUCAGUUCUACAUGGCUUCAACAUCA